ACCCGUCAUGGCGUCUCCCGGCGGGCCGGGGGCCCGGGGCGGCGGGGCGCUGGCGGAGUCGGUGGAGGCGGCCGAGGGGCUGUACGUGGCGGUGGAGCGCUGCCCGCUCUGCAACACCACCCGCCGCCGCCUCACCUGCGCCAGGUGCGUCCGCGCCGGCGACUUCGUCUUCUUCGACGGCCGCGACGGCGAGAGGUUUGCUGACAAAAAGGAGAGGCUAAGGCAGCUGAAGAGCAAACAAAAUGAGUUCCAGGAACAGCUGCUACAGGCCAUGGAGGGGAAGCGCAUAGCAGACCAGUUGAGAUGGAAGAUAAUGUCCUGCAAGAUGAGGAUCGAGCAGCUGAAGCAAACGAUAUGUAAAGGCAACGAAGAGAUGACAAAAAAUUCGGAGGGCCUGGCGAAGACCCUGGAGAAGAACCAGAAGCUGUCGUGCCGAGCGCAGCGGCACCAGGAGAAGAAAGAGAAGAUCCAGCGGCACAACCGCAAGCUGGGCGAGCUGGUGGAGAGGAAGAGCGAGGAGCUGCGUGGCCGGCGGGCCCGCCUGGCCGACCUCCGCCGGGACCACGUCCUGGAGCUCACCUCCGUCAUCUUCCCCAUCGACCAAGUGAAGACCGGCCCCAGGGACCCGGCGGACGCGUCCUCGGAGAGCGACGGCGCCCUGACGUCCAGCACGGUGAGCGAGCUGGCCGAGGCCAGGAGGACCACCUACCUGUCGGGCCGCUGGGUGUGCGACGACCACAACGGAGACGGCGGCGUCAGCAUCGCGGGGCCCUGGAUCAGUCUGCCCAACAACGGCAACUACUCGGCCUACUACAGCUGGGUGGAGGAGAAGAAGACCGCCCAGGGCCCCGACACGGAGCAGAACAACCCGGCCCACACCAUCAGCGCCGCCUUAUGCUACGCCACUCAGCUCGUCAACAUCUUAUCUCAUAUCCUGGACGUCAAUCUGCCCAAAAAGCUCUGUAACAGCGAAUUCUGUGGAGAGAACCUCAGCAGGCGGAAGUUCACGCGCUCGGUCAAGAAGCUCAACGCAAACGUCCUGUACCUUUGCUUUUCCCAGCACGUAAAUUUAGAUCUGUUGCACCCACUCCACACCCUCAGGAAUAUCAUGUACCUGGUCAGUCCGGACACGGAAAACCUGGGCAGGUCCGGCCCCUUCGAGAUGAGCGCCGACCUGGAGGACUCGGUGGAGUUCGUGGAGCCCGGGGCCGGCGCCGAGACGGACGAGAGCGGCGACGAGGGCGUCAGCGACGACGAGACGGACCUGGGCACCGACUGGGAGAACCUGCCCAGCCCCCGCUUCUGCGAGAUCCCCUCGCAGCCGGCCGAGCCGGGCCCCUCGCCCGGCGGCCCGGGCCCCUCCGCGCCCCGGCCGCCCGCCUCCGCCUCCGUCGCCGCCGGCGGCACCGCGGGCGGCAUGAUCUCCUCCGCCGCCGCCUCCGUCACCUCCUGGUUCAAGACCUACACCGGGCAGCGCUAGCGGCCCGCCCGGCCCGGCGGCGCCCGCCCCCGAGCCCU